GUGAUCCACAAGUCACCCGCACGUUGUGGGUUCGAAAUGCAUAUAUGAUUUUUCUACAAAGUUUGCAGUAUCUUCAAAUGCAAAUAAGGUUGCUACCUUUUCCAUUUGGAUUCGUUCGAGGCACGAAGUAACUUCUCUAUAAUUGCUUGACCACAAUCAAUCAUGGAGCAAACUCGACUCCUUGACAAAACUCUGUUAUCCUUCACGUACGAUCUGCUCCGUUCUAAGACGGACCAGGAAAUUGUGACAAACUUCUCAUGGGUCAUGGCAGGCUCGAUUUUAAUCACGAUUUCGUGGAAUUUGGUUGGAACCGUGGCGUAUGGAAAGGCCGCAGUUUCGACGAGCAGUAAAGAGGGAUCGAAAUCUCAGAAUUUUUGGGAGUAUCCGAUCAGUUCGAGGUUCACUUGGAGGUUUGGCUUCCUUCCAACGGUAAUCGUGCCCUGGGUGGUCAUUCUCUUCACGCCGACGCCAUAUCUUUUCAACGUUACAAAUCUUGCUGGACUGAUGAUCUACUAUCUUCAUUAUUUUAAUCGGUCGGUAAUCUACCCUUCCCAAAUAUCUGACCAUGCAACUCCUUCUCCAGUCUGGUUUUUCGUGAGUAUGCUGACCCUCACCACGGGACACACAUUCGUCCAGGCCCAUCAUCUCGCAAACGUACAAAAGCCUCUUGGCGUAUCCUCCCUGACUUUUGUCGCAAUUGGAAUAAGCAUCCUGGGGGCUUGGCUGAAUGCCCGGCAUGACUGGAUUCUGACGAAACUUCGGGCCAGAGGAAAAGGUUACCAAAUUCCGGAGGGGUCGCUCUUUGAAUACGUUUCGUGUCCGAAUUACUUUGGGGAGUGUUUGGAGUGGUGGGGCUUCGCAUUGGUGACGGGUGGGGGACGUCCUCAGGUGAUGUUUGCCAUCUUCUCCACCGUGUUCCUGGUUCUCCGAGCGAGAUUUACGCACAAGUGGUACCACGCCAAGUUUGGUGCCAAGUACCCACGUGAGAGGAAAGCUAUCAUUCCCUUCGUGUAUUGAAUAAAUAUAUAUGAGGUAUUAUUAGGUUCACGAAUAUAUAUAUAUGAAUACUUUUCCAAAAUGUAAUGUACAACCGCAGAAUAAAAUUUUUUGUGUAUGCAAACCAUUUACAUGAAAACCUUAA